GCGAGAGCCCGGUCCCGCCCCCCAACUUCCGGCUACGGGCCUGAGCUCGCGCGUGCGCACGCGGGGCCAGCCCUGGGUACCGCGCGCCCGUCUGCACGAGGUGAGAGCGAAAUGGAGGGUUCGGCUUCCAAGCCACUCUCGCCCUCGGCCGCAGCCUCGGCCUCCGCUCCAGCGACCCCGGCCUCCGUGGAGCAGCUGGACAAAGGACAGAUUAGAAAGGCGGUGGAAGCUCUCUUGGCACAUUCCAAGUCCAGGAAAAACGCCAAUGGAUUGCUUUUGAAUGAGAAUGAAAAUUUCUUUUUAAUGGUGGUAUUGUGGAAGAUUCCAAGUAAAGAACUGAGGGUCAGAUUGUCCUUGCCUCAUGGUAUUCGAUCAGAUUUAACAGAUAUUUGUUUACUUACCAAGGAUGAACCCAAUUUAACUCCUGAAAAGACAGAACGGUUUUACAAGAAGCUUUUGAAUAAGCAUGGAAUUAAAACCAUAUCUCAGAUUAUCCCCCUCCGAACUUUAAAAAAGGAGUAUAAGGCCUAUGAAGCCAAGCUCCGCCUCCUGGGCAGUUUUGACAUCUUUCUCACUGAUGCAAGAAUCAGGCGGCUCUUGCCAUCCCACCUAGGGAGACAUUUCUAUCACAGAAAGAAAGUUCCAGUGCCUGUGAACCUUCUAGCCAAGAAUUUAUCCAGGGAGAUCAAUGAAUGCAUAGGUGGAACGGUCUUAAACAUCUCUAAAAGUGGUUCCUGCAGUACUAUCCGCGUUGGCCACACUGGAAUGGAGGUUGAACACGUCAUUGAUAACAUCAUCGCCGUCACGAAGGGGCUCUCCCAAAAGUUGCCAGAGAAGUGGGAGAGCGUGAAACUCCUGUAUGUGAAAACCGAGAGGUCCGCUUCCCUGCCCAUCUUUUCCUCGUUUGUCAGCUGUCAGGAUGAAGCCAAGGGAUUAUGCACCCCCAGUCAGAAGAAAAAGGAAGCAAAGAAAAAACAAAAACAAAAAGAGUAUCGUGAAAAACAAAAAGAGAAGAAGAAAAACAAAAGGCUUAUGAAACAGGCUCAAAAAGCUCCGUCGGCCCCGGAGAAGGAGGACGUGGGCCCCAAAACUGGUGGUACCGCGGCAGCCAACCCUACCCCCAGGAAGGAGGAGCCAGGAGCGCUCGAGAAGAAAGAGGGCAGUAGAGUGAAAGCUCGGUCUAAAGUGCAGGAGGAAUCCGAAGACGAGAUCCCUCUGCUGGUGCCUAUAGGGAAGACGCCAGCGAAAGGAAACACAGAGGUGCAAAAACACGCCACAGGAAAGAAGUCUCCAAAAAAGAGUCCUGCUCCCAGAACACCCCGUGGGAAGAAGAGAAAGGCCUUUCCGAGUUUGGAGACCCCGAAGGCUGCAGAGCCCAAGACCCCAAGCAAUGGCCUGGGGAAGAAGCCAAGAAUCAAAGAAGAGGCAGAGAAAGAAAAAAACUCUUCACUGGGGAAAAAAGACCCAAGACAGAUGACCAAAAAGCCAGGGGCCAAGUUCUUCACUACCGCUAGUAAAUCUGCGAAAAAAGCUCCCCGCACCCCCAAACAGUGGCUCAAAAAGCCCAAAGUACCCCAGUCGACCUAAAAAUAGAGACUCAAGCAGAAGGAAACAUCUACACUCCCCACAGAGCUUUUUAAAAAUGCCGGGGUCCUGACCCCCACGCCGUGCAUCCUUCUCCCGGGGUGAGGCCCAGACUUACCUAUUUUUUAAAACCUCCGCAAGUAAUCCUGACAUAUGUUUGUGUGUGUGCGAACCAGUAGUUCUGAAGUAAAUCCAUUUUUUAAGUUGCUCUUCUGGCAUUUGCUAAUAGGACGGGGAAAAUACAGUGCUCCUCGGUGGUGGUUUAUUAUUAAAGUGUACCAUUUGCUUCUGAGCAAACCAGCGGCCUUCCCUGUCUUGCUGGUUUUACUUGAAUCCCUCCGAUGUGACCCUCUCUGCCGUCUGUUUUCCACCCUCUGUUCACCUAGGCUCCAUACACGAGUUUGUGCAAGCCCUCCCAAAGCUUGUCCGCAUUACCGGGAUGGGCUCGCUGCCAGACACUCGGCUGUGGAACGUAGGGGAAAGUCUUGGUGGGUUUUGGGAAGGGCCCUUGAGAUCGAGAUAAUUAUCUCCGGUGGCAGUCCGCCACGGCUGUGGGUCAUUGAGUCAGCGUGCCUUCGGUAAGGUUAGUUACCAGGGAGCUGUUGACAGGCACUGAGUUGAGUCCUGCCUGCUAGAGGCAAGAAGUAGUCCCGUCUUCCUCCAGAGCCCUCCUCAGCCUGUGUGCAUUUACUCAGUGUGGACUGUGUACAUUUGGGAUGACCGUCAGAUAUACUCUGAAGCAGUAAACGACUCCGCCUCUCCCUAGGUUGGAAUGGGGGUCCGCAUCCCUGGCGGUGAGCGAUGGACACACUGUCCUAGUGACCAGUGAAGUGUGCUUUCCAAGAUGACAUGGUUCGGAAACAAGUCGGGCCUCAGGUGGUCCGCCUUCAAGUCCGAGGAGCCAAAGCUUUUGCUUUUUGGAUUGUAAUGUUUUUAAAUCACGAGAGCCUCUAAAAUACUCAAGUGUGCGUUUAAUGUCGAGGAUGAGCAUAACCGUGUUUCCCACAGAAAUGAGGUGCUGUGGGGACGUGGCCAGACUGGCUUCAGAGAUGGAGAUUUAAGUGCUGUUUUGCAGAGGCAAACUUGUGGACAUAAUCAUGCUAGUGCUCUCUCUACGGGGUGGGGGGGGUAGCUGUGUAUCAUGUUUUCAUCCCAGCCUCUAGCCAAAUAAAGAUUUUGCAACACCCAAGUGA